AUGGCGGGGCCUAGAGGGGCCAUCUGCGCCGCGGAUGCCGCCCUCCUCGUGGAGGCGGCAGUCCGCGCGGCGCAGCUCGCUGGAGCGCCGCGGCGCACCGUGGGCGCCGUCGCACGGGCGGCCGUGGCCGCGGCAGCAUCGGCUGUCGCGCGCCCGCGGCCCGCGCGCGGUGGCGACGCUGGUGCUGGCGGCUCGGAGGCGGACAACGGCGGCGGUGAGCCCAAGACGGGCGCGGCGGCGGAGGCGAAGCGCGUGCGGCGCCGCCGACGCCGCGAGCGCCUCGCGGCUCGGCGCGCGCUGGAACGUGGUCGUGAUGGUGGCGGGUCCGCUGGCGGUGGCGCUGGGGUUCCCUGGAAGGCGCAGGAGGCGGCUGCGGCUGCCGAGGCGCCUGGAGGGGCGGCUGGCGGCGAGGCGGACCCCGCCCGUGGCGGCGACGACUGCGACAACGACAUGGAGGACGACUCGUUCGCCGACUCUCUCGUAGUCGCGCCUCGGGUGACGGCUGGCGCCGCUCCUGGUGGCGCGGGCGGCGGGGAGGCGGCUGGCGGACGGUGUGCCCGUGGCGGAGUCGGCGGCUUUCGGGGCCUCCAGCUCGUGCAGCUCGGCCCAGCGCCUCGGGAGGGCCGCUGGGCUACUGCGGAGCCUCGGAGGCGCGCGCCGCGGAAGCCACGGCGGCUCCAGGGGGCCCCGCAGGCGGCGGCGGCGGCGGCGGGGGCAGAGGGCGCGGGCUCUGGCCCGCCUGCUGCGGACGCUGCGCCGACGGCCGCGGCGGCGGCGGCCCCUGGCGCGCCUGGGGCUGACGGGGCGGCCGCCUGGGAGGACGUGUUCGCCGCGGCGGACGGCGUCAUCCAGCGGCACGCCGAGUACCAGCCUCAGCACAGCGACGAGCUGCGGCGUAUGCUGGAGUCCGUCGGCUGGCGCCCCGCCUGUAGCUACUGA